UCUGUCCCAUUGGUGUCUGUAUUAGAGAGGCUCCACUGUAGUAUAUCUCACACACUCUCUAAAGAUGGUAAAUAGUAGAGUGUGUCCAACUUUUCACCGUUUCUCUUUCUGUUGUUUACAAGAGUUUUACAUUAUCUCCAUGGUUACUAGUUGCAUUGCAACCACCUCCAGCCAAACGAGAGAGGUGGGAAGAGAGGAUGACAGGGACAGAAGCACCCCAACAUGGCUAACUAUAUUCAGAGCCUUAGUAAACAAUAGAAUGACAAAUCAACCAGGAAUGUCCUCAUGUGUUACUAAAAGGGAAGAGCUG